AUGGCCAACGAAGUCCCAAGAAGAGCGAUGUGGGCCGGGCUUCGCUCGCAGCUCGUCAAGUUUACCUCCAUAUUCUUCACGAGCGUCGACGACUAUCUCCGAUUCCGCGCCGUCUGCAAGUCGUGGCGCUCCGCCGUCCCCCAUCGGCCCGAUCACCUCCCCACUCAGCUCCCUUUCCUCCUCCUCGUCUCCACCUCCGAACCAAGAAUCGGAGCCGCCUUCCGCCUCACCGCCGCCUCCGCCGGUAAUGUUCUCCCGCUACCUAACAGAGCCAAUAGGCUCUGCAUUGGCACCUCCUUCGGCUGGCUUAUCCUCCUCUGCAUGAAAGACCGUUUGAUCAACCUCUUCAACCCCGUUACCGCCGAGAACAUUCGGCUUCCCUACCUUGAUGUUCUUUCGUUUGCUGAUGUGGUGUCGGAUGCCGAUGGGCCCGUGAUUGUCGCAGAGAAGGCUGUCUUAUCCUCCGAUCCCACGCUCGACCGGGACUUCGUGGCGGUCCUCUUCACACGCGGAGUGACCAUUAGAUGGUAUACGUGGCGCCAUGGUGACGAAUCAUGGACAGCAAACGCGAAUUUUCUGGUGCAAAUUACAGUUCGGAUGCGCGACGUUGUUCCCUACGACAACCGGACACUGUGCGCGAUAUACGGCGAAAACGACUACUGGGCAGUCCUCAAGGUUGACCCAGGCCCCCCGGGGAGGGCGACGAUUGCCGCAUGUUACGCCAUGCCGUACUGCGUGCCGCGCACUUAUUAUCCAAGCUACUUGGUUGUAGCGGCCGGAAAACUGCUGCUGGCUGCGUCCCAUUACGACAACUGGACUGCAAGUGGGAAUAUCAUCCCCGAAUUCCGUGUCUUCAGGCUGGAGCCAGGUGACAUAAGCAGGCCGGCGGUGGCCGUCGAGGUGGAUGAUAUCCACGACCGUAUAUUGUUCUUGAGCCCAAGCUCGUCCAUGUCCGUCAGCGCUGAGGACUUCUUUGGGUUCCAAGGGAAUUUCAUUUACUUCGUCAACAAAGAUGAGCGUGACGAGCGUGAAAAUUGGCGGGUGUGGCGGAUCGUUGUCCAGAAUUUAGAAAAUGAUGAGACCAACAUGCUGGCUGAUUCGAAAUCGCCCAAUCAGAGGAGGCUAAUGUGGCGGGCACACCAGUCCGACGUCGCCCAAUGGGUGCCGCCCAAUCUGCGCAGCUGCAACCGGUGA